UAUGUCCACAGCGGCGUUCCGUACAUUAACGUCAACCGAACCGAAUGAACAGAACAUCAACCGAACCGAAUGAACGGAACUGAAUGUCGGUACGUCAACAUCAGUCGGAUUAACGGAGCCGAAAUACAGACGCUCGUGAUUUCCGUCAUUUAAUCGCGCGCGUCACUUCAUUCAUCGCUGCGGGCAGGCACGGUGUGAGUGAUGUCCGCCCCAGAGCCCCCGCUAGGAGGGACGCCGUGUCCAGGACCCUCGCCCGGUCCUGGACCUUCUCCUGGGGCCGUUCUGGGUUCAGGGCUGUCUCCUGGAUCUUCACACACUAUGAUGGGUCCCAGCCCCGGACCCCCGACUUCAACAGGACACACUUUUACUCAACAAGGAUCUGCGGUGUACAGCCAGGAGAACUUACACCAACUGCACAAGUCUGUUGAGGAGAAUCUUCCAGAAGAGGGUCGUUUCGCUCAGAUGAAGGUUGUUCCCAUGAGGUUGGGACACAGUGGUCUGGUGGUGCGUCCCAGCAGCCCGAUGGAGCAGCAUUCUCAAGGUUACCCGUCCCCGCUUGGCUCUUCAGAACAUGUGUCCAGUCCUGUGUCUGCCAGCGGUACUCCGUCCGCUCCUCUCCUGUCCACCUCAUUAGAGGUCGCAGACACCCAACCUUUACAGCAGAGCCGCCUGGGGACCCAAAGUGCCGCCCCCGGCUCGCCGGCCACCCCGACACCCUUCAACCAGAGUCAGCUGCAUCAGCUGCGGGCUCAGAUCAUGGCGUAUAAGAUGCUGGCUCGCGGACAGCCGCUCCCGGAGCACCUGCAGAUGGCGGUGCAGGGCAAGCGGCCCAUGCCGGGCAUGCAGCAGGGGCAGUCUUUGUCCGGUUUGCCCCCUGCUGGUGGAGGCAGUGCUGGAUUCAGCCGAGGGCACGGGAUGAUGGGUCCCAACAUGCCCCCACCCGGACCUUCUGGAGUCUCGUCUGGUGUUCAGGGCCUGAAUCACAACGGACCCCCAAAACCAUGGCCCGAGGGUCCUAUGAUUAAUGCCGCCACCCCCUCAAAUGCCCCUCAGAAACUGAUGCCCCCGCAGCCCACCGGACGGCCCUCGCCCGCACCCCCUUCGGUGCCACCGGCCGCCUCCCCCGUCAUGCCCCCUCAAACCCAGUCACCAGGGCACCUGUCCCACCCGUCUCAAGCCACGACUAUCAUCCCCCUGCACCAGAAACAGAACCGCAUUACACCCGUUCAGAAGCCCUGCGGUCUGGACCCGGUGGAAAUACUUCAGGAGAGAGAGUACAGGCUUGAAGCUCGUAUCGCCCACCGCAUUCAGGAGCUGGAGAAUCUGCCCGGCUCUCUUGCUGGAGAUUUACGCACCAAAGCGACGAUUGAGUUAAAAGCUCUGCGACUGCUCAAUUUCCAGAGACAGCUGAGGCAGGAGGUGGUGGUGUGCAUGAGGCGAGAUACAGCCUUAGAAACCUCACUGGAUGCUAAAGCCUACAAGCGCAGUAAAAGGCAGUCACUGCGAGAAGCCCGGAUCACCGAGAAACUGGAGAAACAGCAGAAGAUUGAGCAGGAGCGGAAGCGCAGACAGAAACAUCAGGAAUAUCUCAACAGCAUCCUGCAGCAUGCCAAGGACUUCAAGGAAUAUCAUCGCUCCAUCACCGCCAAGAUCCAGAAGCUGACCAAAGCCGUGGCCACGUACCACGCCAACACCGAGAGAGAGCAGAAGAAGGAAAACGAGAGGAUUGAGAAAGAGAGAAUGAGAAGACUCAUGGCUGAAGAUGAGGAGGGUUACCGGAAGCUCAUCGAUCAGAAGAAAGACAAGCGUCUGGCGUAUCUCCUCCAGCAGACGGAUGAAUAUGUGGCUAACCUGACAGAGCUCGUGCGCGCUCACAAAGCCGUUCAGGCUCUGAAGGAGAAGAAGAAGAAGAAGAAGAAAAAGAAGAAGUUGGAGAGCGCUGAUGGACAGACGGGUGCUCUGGGACCUGAUGGAGAGCCUCUGGAUGAGACGAGUCAGAUGAGUGAUCUUCCAGUGAAGGUGAUUCAUGUGGACAGCGGGAAGAUUCUAACCGGAGUGGACGCUCCUAAAGCCGGACAGCUGGACACGUGGUUAGAGAUGAAUCCUGGUUAUGAAGUGGCUCCACGAUCAGACAGUGAAGAUUCUGGAUCAGAGGAGGAUGAGGAGGAGGAAGAGGAACCUCCAGCACUGCUGCCCUCUCAAAGUCAAAGUACAGAAGAGAAGAAGAAGAUUCCAGAUCCAGACAGUGAAGAUGUGUCAGAGGUGGACGUUCGGCACAUCAUCGAACAUGCCAAGCAGGAUGUUGAUGAUGAGUACGGCAGUGCUGCGUUUGCUCGUGGCUUACAGUCGUAUUAUGCCGUGGCUCAUGCGGUCACUGAGAGAGUCGACAAACAAUCGUCUCUCAUGAUCAACGGUCAACUCAAACAAUACCAGAUCAAGGGUUUGGAGUGGCUGGUGUCUCUCUAUAAUAAUAAUCUCAACGGGAUUCUGGCUGAUGAGAUGGGUUUGGGGAAGACGAUACAAACCAUCGCUCUCAUCACGUACCUGAUGGAGAACAAGCGUCUGAACGGGCCAUACCUCAUCAUCGUGCCGCUCUCGACUCUGUCAAACUGGGUCUAUGAGUUUGAUAAAUGGGCACCUUCUGUUGUGAAAGUCUCAUACAAGGGAUCUCCUGCAGCUAGAAGAGCUUUCGUGCCGCAGCUGCGCAGUGGCAAGUUCAACGUUCUGCUCACCACAUAUGAAUACAUCAUUAAAGACAAACAGAUUUUGGCAAAGAUUCGCUGGAAGUACAUGAUAGUGGAUGAAGGUCAUCGUAUGAAGAACCAUCACUGUAAACUGACACAGGUGUUGAACACACAUUAUUUGGCUCCGCGCCGCGUGCUGCUCACAGGGACGCCGCUGCAGAAUAAACUGCCUGAACUCUGGGCUCUUCUCAACUUCCUGCUGCCCACCAUCUUCAAGAGCUGCAGCACGUUUGAGCAGUGGUUCAACGCUCCCUUCGCCAUGACCGGAGAGAAGGUGGAUCUGAACGAGGAAGAGACCAUCCUGAUCAUUCGUCGUCUGCAUAAGGUGCUCCGCCCCUUCCUGUUACGCCGACUGAAGAAAGAGGUGGAGGCACAACUGCCAGAGAAGGUGGAGUAUGUGAUUAAGUGUGACAUGUCGGCUCUGCAGAGGGUUUUAUAUCGACACAUGCAGGCUAAAGGAGUUCUGCUCACUGAUGGAUCUGAGAAAGACAAGAAGGGUAAGGGCGGGACUAAGACUUUGAUGAACACUAUUAUGCAGUUGAGGAAGAUUUGUAAUCAUCCGUACAUGUUUCAGCAGAUCGAGGAAUCUUUCUCUGAGCACUUGGGAUUUUCGGGCGGUAUAGUUCAGGGGCUUGACUUAUAUCGAGCGUCAGGAAAGUUUGAGGUGCUGGAUCGGAUUUUACCCAAACUACGAGCAUCUAACCACAAAGUUCUGCUCUUCUGUCAAAUGACAUCAUUGAUGACCAUCAUGGAAGAUUAUUUUGCUUACCGCGGUUUCAAAUAUCUGCGUCUGGAUGGCACAACUAAAGCAGAGGAUCGUGGGAUGCUGCUAAAGACCUUCAAUGAUCCGGCUUCUCAGUAUUUUAUCUUCUUGUUGAGCACAAGGGCAGGUGGGCUGGGUCUGAAUCUGCAGAGCGCCGAUACCGUCAUCAUAUUCGACAGCGACUGGAAUCCUCACCAGGUCACGAUCCCGUCUGCGUCUGCAUUUGGAGAAGCCUUCAGACGUCUGUGUGUGUGUGUGUGUGUGUGUGUGUGUGUGUGUGUGUGUGUGUGUGUGUGUCUGCUGAGCGUUCUGGUGUUGUGUGUGCAGGACCUGCAGGCUCAGGACCGAGCGCACCGGAUCGGACAGCAGAACGAGGUGCGAGUUCUUCGUCUUUGCACCGUCAACAGCGUGGAAGAGAAGAUACUGGCAGCUGCUAAAUAUAAGCUGAAUGUAGAUCAGAAGGUGAUCCAGGCUGGCAUGUUUGACCAGAAAUCUUCAAGUCAUGAACGCAGAGCCUUUUUACAAGCCAUUCUGGAACACGAGGAGCAAGAUGAGGAGGAGGACGAGGUGCCGGAUGAUGAAACGGUGAACCAGAUGAUCGCUCGUAGUGAAGAGGAGUUCGACCAGUUCAUGCGCAUGGACUUGGAUCGUCGCCGCGAGGACGCCCGCAACCCCAAACGCAAACCUCGUUUGAUGGAGGAAGACGAGCUGCCCACAUGGAUUAUGAAGGACGAUGCGGAGGUGGAAAGGCUCACCUGUGAGGAAGAGGAGGGGAAGAUGUUCGGCCGUGGCUCCCGGCAGAGAAAAGAGGUGGAUUACAGCGACUCGCUCACAGAGAAACAGUGGCUGAAGGCCAUCGAGGACGGGACCCUGGAGGAGAUCGAAGAAGAGGUGCGACACAAGAAGACGGCUCGGAAGAGGAGGCGCGAUCGGGACACGGACGCCAUUCCUUCCACCUCUGGAGCUCGCGGAGGCAGAAAGAGAGACGACGACAGCAAAAGGCAAAAGAAACGAGGUCGUCCGCCAGCAGAGAAACUUUCACCGAACCCGCCGUCGCUUAUCAAGAAGAUGAAAAAGAUUGUGGAUGCCGUUAUUAAAUAUAAGGAAAAUAACGGGCGUCAGUUAAGUGAGGUCUUCAUUCAGCUGCCGUCACGGAAGGAGCUUCCAGAAUACUACGAGCUCAUCCGCAAACCUGUUGACUUCAGGAAGAUCAAGGAACGCAUCCGCAGUCACCGAUACCGUAGCCUGAACGACCUGGAGAGAGACGUCAUGCAGUUGUGUCAAAACGCACAAACCUUUAACCUGGAGGGUUCACUGAUCUAUGAGGACUCCAUCGUGCUGCAGUCGGUUUUUACCAGCUUGUGUCAGAAGGUCGAGAGAGAAGAAGAGAGUGAUGGAGAGGAAAGUGAGGAAGAUGAUGAAGAUGAAGGUUCAGAUUCCGAGACUCGGUCAGUGAAGGUGAAGAUUAAACUGAGCCGUAAGGACAGAAGUGCAGAGCGUGGCAGAGGGCGCAGAAGAACGGCCAGAACUCGAGCCAAACCUGUCGUUAGUGAUGACGAUACGGACGAGGAACAGGAGGAGGAUCGGUCCAACAGCGCCAGUGAAGAUGAACAGGGAUGAAGAUGUUAGUCAGCCAUCAACACCAAAACAAAUCUGAAAUGAAACCAGCUAGAAUACAAAACCAGUAUCGUGUUAAACCCAAUUACAAUCCCUCAUUCACAUCCUGGUCAUCUCUCACUUCUGAAAAGAAAGAAAGAAUCAUUCUGAUGUUAGUUUUCAUAGUGAUGCUGAGAGAAACUGAAUUACGACGUAUGUUUCUGUGACGCUGAAUAUUAGACUUUAACGUUUCAGAAGUACGUUUGUGAUCAUGUGUUAACUCGUUGUGUAGAAGUGCAGUAGACUUGAAUUGUGUGUUAGUAACUGAUGCACGUGUGUUGACGACGUUUGUUUAGCUGUGACAGCUGUAGAUGUGUUUGUUUAUGUUGCUGCUUUUCGAUCUUUAGGGGUGUUAUUGUGUGUAUCUCUGGUGUGCUGAAGGCUGACCUGGGGCCUGUUUCAAUAAGGAGGUUCAACCAACCCUAGGUUAAAUCUUGAACUCAGAGUUGGUUUACUUAGAAAUUAGAAACUUUGAGUUUUUGGUUUCAAAACAGCUGAUUUGAGUUAGUUCAAUGUACUCUGGGUAGGCUUACCCUGGGUUAAGCGCGUGCACCAGGACUAUAAAAAGCCAUCAUCAAUGGAGCUCCGAUAUUACGAUUCACCAUGGCAACGGCACCAAAAAAAGCAACAUGGUGGCAGAAAGCACUUGAGAGUGAGGCACACUUUCCGCUCUGCAUACAGUGGAUUUACUGAUGUGCUAAAAAUGACUUAAGUUUAAAUUAAUAAGUGUACCAAUAAACAAACAAAUUAAUCAUUAAAUGAAUGAAACAACAGAAAUAAUAAAAAAAUCUUACUUUUUUUAUCGCUUCAUUUCUGCAUGUAUGUCUGUAUUUAUUAAUUUCUUUAUUCAUGCACUUUAAGUCAUUUCUCAUUGUCUGUAGAAAAUUAUGCUCUGAUGUAAUACACAUACGGUGGCUGAUGUUAUUGAUGUAAGGAUGGAUGAGAUAUAUUUAGAUAUAUCUAAUUCACUGUACAGAAAAAUGGUAGUUUUAAUAAAAAUGCACAGGGAAAUGACAAAAUUGCUCUCCUGAAAUCAAAGUACAUCCCUAAGAAUGAAUGCAGCCUCUUCAUGAAUCCCCUAUAAAAGCACACAUACAAGUGACUGAGAUGGUCUCUGUGUGAUCAAAAUGUGUGCCAUGAAUGAAUGACUGUAUUAAUGAAAGAAUGAGUUACACCACUUGCGCUUUAAAAGGGGGAGGAGAUGGAAUAAAAUCUGGGUUUACCAAAGAAAACCUGCUCCCGACCAGGUUAGGUUCACAGAGUUAAGUUACUAUGGUUACUGACUCUGAGUAUAAGAUGCCUCUCCUUUAGAAACGGGCUUGAGUUACCCCGCUUUCUCGGGUUUGACAUACCUCACAUUCUGAAACGGAAAACCCAGAGUUUCCCUCAUUUCAGGGUUAAUAUACUCAGAGUUUUCACUAAACCUCCUUUCUGAAACGGCCCCUGCUCACUGAAGUGAAUUUCAUGUUCUGGCUGCUGUAUAAUCAACAAGGCCGGACUUACCAUUGGGCUUGACUUCAGGCGGCCCGCCUGCUCUCGUUCAUAUGAUUUGUUUAGUUAUGCCAGUCAUUUUAUUUUUCAUUUAAACUUCGUUCAUUGGCCUACCAAGGUUCAAUAGCACUGCCUUAUGUAAGGAAUGAUGUCCUUUAAUUGGCUAAACGUUCCGUCAGUCAUGUUGGCGUUUCCUGAUUGGUUAUUUGUGGAUUCUAUCCAUCAAGUUUACAGCAGUUGAAACCUGUCUGCUCAUUAAGACGCUUGUUCUAAUGGCUGACAAGCGCAAUCGCAGUGCCACGCUUAAAGAAAACCAAAAACUGAGCGACAAGAACGCGAAAGAACAGCAUUUACGAAAUAAUUUUCUUUACACCCAUGGCACCACACCUACCUU